AUUAAAUUGAAACAAUUUACUUUCUUUCUAAUGUCUUCAUUCCUUACGCGAGUGAAACCAGUAUGUUACUUCAUAGAAAGGAAAUAAAAAACGUCCAAAUUAAAGAUGCCAGAUUCUGUUGAAAUAGCUGUGGAAAAAGUGCUUAAGGGGCUUGCCUUGGACUUUGACGACGACGAAAUAUGCGAUUUUACUUUAGAGGAACAAAUUUCAGUGAUGGAGUCUCAAGGAGUAGCUCCAACAGUUAAUCCAAAUUACAAACCCAUCGUUGGAGAAACCAUCACUUAUAUUGUUGCCACCGUUAUUUUGAACGAUGCAGACGAAAUUUUAAUGAUGCAAGAAGCUAAACAGUCUUGUGCUGGAAAAUGGUAUUUGCCUGCAGGUCGAAUGGAAAAAAAUGAGUCCAUAAUUGAGGCAGCCAAAAGGGAAGUCAGAGAAGAGACAGGUCUCUUAAUAGACUGCACUACAUUAUUACUUGUUGAAUGUGCAGGAGGCUCAUGGAUACGCUUUGUUUUAACUGGCAUAGUGAUAGAUGGGACACUAAAAACACCUUCACAGGCUGACAAGGAAUCUUUACAAGCAAAAUGGAUUGCAAAUCUGGAUGAAGUCACCCUAAGAGCUAAAGACAUCAAACAUCUCAUUGAUAGAGCCAAACAGUACAAGCAGGCCCGUUCUUUGAAAGACAAGACGUGGCAUAAGGACCAGUUGCCCCUCUUGAAGCCUCACACCAAGUUACUUUUGAGAUUGCUAGUGGUAACCAAAAAAAGGUCCUCAAAUCGCCUCCAUGUACUUUUAAGCGAACGCACCACAUUUCAUUUGCCCACCUGUGAAGUUCACCCUGCGAAAUCGAUUUAUUCUACGCUAAGAAGGUUUAUGAUUGAGAUAUUUGGGGCCGAAGUGGCCCCUCACAGACCUCACGGUCUUUUAAAUGUGGAGCAUGGUGGUAAAGAAGGCGCCGAUGGUGCAUGUUUGUCUUUGUUGGUUGUCUUUAAAUCUCCCCUUGAAGAGGCCCCGAUUAUAGGGAAAUGCGUUUGGCACGAAGUUACCAAAGACUUGGAGGAAAAAAUUCUGUUACGAAUAAUGGCGAAAAAUUCUACGUUACCGGUCCAUGUUAUACGUUAAUUGUAUCGCAACAUUUUCACUAAAUUAUCUGUUCACGAUUCAUAAAUAUUGUAUGUAUUUUUUUAUUGCAUUUCGCGAGCCAUUUUAAAAGUUGUGCCUAACCAUCGUUAUUUUUAAUGUUGACUAAUAUUUAGCUGUUAAUAAUGUUCAAAUUGUACAAUAUCGGUUAUAUUUUAGUUUAUUUCUAUUAUUGAUGUAUAAUUUACAUUCCAUUUUAUGAUAUUAUAUAAAAUAAACAGUAUUUUUUAACCUCUAUAUUAUGUGGUUGAGGACAAUAUGUAUUUAUUAUUGUAAAUUUGUGUUAUUUAUGAAAUAUCUAACUCAUAUUAAUAUAUUUACGAAACGUU